AUGGGAUUGGGAGAUAUCGGCGGGGCUAUCACGGAUGCAGGCAAAGGUGCAGCUACCACCAUCACUGAUGCGGGCAAGACUGUAGCGACGACAGCGACAGAAGUGGCUACCACUGUGGCUGAUGGAGCGGGGGGAGUUAUCAAUACUGCUGCGGGUGCGGUGGGAACUGGUAUUUCAGCUGCGGGGGGCAUUGUAGGAGAUGUGGGAUCUUUGACCGGAGAGGCGGCAACUAUUCAAAAGUGGGUCAACUUGUAUGAGAAAUACAAAACAAUCUUGAUCGUUGUCCUCGCCCUUUUAGCAUUCUGUAUCCUCUGGUCAUGGAUCUCAAUGUUUUAUCAAUGGUGUAAAUGUUGUCUAGGUUGUGCUAAAUGUUGGGGACAUUGUUGUGAAGGAACAUAUCGUUAUUGUCUUUGUCCAACUUUACGAUGUACCGAGAAAUGCGGUAUAAAAUGUUGGAAAGAGGAUCGAAAAUUAUAUAAAAAGAUGAGAGAGAAACGUCGAUUGGCAAAAGAACAAGGAAGAGAAUAUACGGAUGAAGAACAUGAAAGUCAAUUCAAAUGUUUACCUGAAGGUGUGAAAGAAGAAAUGAGAGAUCAUAGGAAUCUUAGUUGGAAAUCUAAGACUUCUACGGAAGAAGGUGGUAUAGAAGGAGAUAGGGUUCCUUGUUGCGAUAAUGUUAUGGACACUUGCAUCACUGGACGGGGAAGUUUGGAUAUUGGUUAG